AUGGGAAGCCUGCACGAGGAGCCCGAGCAUGGCUUCGGCGGCCUGCUGAGCGGCUUGCAAGAGGCGUACGGGAGCGGCCGGACCAAGGACCUCGCCUGGAGGCGGGCGCAGCUCAAGGGGCUCCUCCGGCUCCUCACGGAGAAGGAGGAGGAGAUCUUCGACGCGCUCCACGACGACCUCGGCAAGCACCGCGCCGAGUCCUACAGGGACGAGCUUGGGGCUCUCGUCAAGUCCGUCAACCACACGCUGAAAAACCUCGAGAGAUGGGCGGCCCCCGAGAAGGCUCAGGCGCCGCUGGUUUCCUUCCCGGCGACCGCGCUGGUGGUGCCCGAGCCGCUCGGCGUUGUGCUCGUGUUCUCCUGCUGGAAUUUGCCACUAGGUUUGGCUUUGGAGCCGGUCUCUGGCGCACUAGCAGCUGGCAACGUUGUGGUUGUAAAGCCCUCCGAGCUUGCUCCAUCCACCGCAGCGUUCCUUGCUACCAAUAUACCAAGGUAUCUCGAUCCUAAGGCUGUGAAGGUCAUCUUAGGUGGACCUGAAGUUGGAGAACAACUCAUGGAGCACAGAUGGGACAAAGUUCUUUUCACCGGAAGCGCCAAUGUAGGGCGUCUUAUUUUGACGAAAGCAGCAAAGCACUUGACCCCUGUCGUGCUUGAACUUGGGUCAAAAUGUCCGUGCAUUGUUGAUCAACUCGAUAGUAAGAGAGACAGACAGAUUGCAGUGAAUCGAAUAGCGGGAGCAAAAUGGUCAGUUUGUGCCGGCCAAGCUUGUGUUGCCAUCGACUACAUCCUGGUAGAGGAGAAAUUUGCACCUAUUCUGAUUGAUCUACUAAAAUCAACGGUCAAGAGAUUUACCGCUACACCGGAGUGCAUGGCUCGGAUCUUGAACACAAAGCACUUCCAAAGGUUAAGCAACUUUUUGGAUGAUGAUAGGGUGGCACGUUCAGUGGUGCACGGGGGAUCAGUAAACCAGAAGACCUUGACCAUUGAACCCACCAUACUGCUAAACCCUCCACUCGAUUCUGACAUCAUGACUGAGGAGAUAUUCGGCCCACUGCUCCCUAUCAUCACGGUAAAGAAGAUCGAAGAUACCAUUAAGUUUGUCACAUCGAUGCCGAAACCAUUGGCAAUCUACGCUUUCACCAAAAACGAGAAGCUAAAACACCGAAUUAUAAAUGAAACGUCAUCUGGAAGCAUCACAUUCAACGACGCAAUUGUGCAGUACGUAGUAGAAGGUCUUCCGUUCGGUGGCAUCGGGCAAAGCGGGUUCGGACAGUACCAUGGCAAAUACAGCUUCGAGCUUUUCAGCAACAAAAAGGCAGUGUUCAAGAGAAGCUUCCUAAUUGAGUUUAUGUUUAGAUACCCACCAUGGGACGACAGUAAAAUCGGGAUGUUAAGACAUGUUUACAAUACGAACUACAUUCUUCUACUCCUUGGACUGCUCGGCCUGAGGAGAUGA